AUGCACCUUAAUAAUCUCAAGAGUGGUGAAGUUUCAUUCACUUAUAACAUUGAAGAUUACAACACAAUGGCAUUUUUCACAAUAAGAAAUACUCACUGUUCACAAGUUCCUGGAACCAGUUUCCUCCUACAGCACACUGGUCACCAUGUUUAUUUGAACGUGAGCGUAAAGAUCCCGAAAGGGACUAAUGUUCUCCAAUGGUAUUUGUUCACGGAGAACAAUCCGUUCCAAUCACUGUUCGGUUUUCCGGAUUCCUUGAUCAAAAUUGCUCGUAUACGUAUUACUGGAACACCACCAAUUUGGCGUUGUACGGAUUGCCCGGCGGGAACUUACAAUCCAUAUCCUGGGUCAUCCAGUUGUAAAGUAUGCCAGGAAAACACAUAUUCUGCUGCCCAUUCUAACGAGUGUUUACCUUGCAGCUCAUCGGAAUAUUCAAGACCUGGCUCUGCAAAAUGCACCGUGAUGGCUCCCUGUACGCAGAAUGAUUACAUGUCCUAUUGGACACCAUGCGAUUCCACCGGGAAGCGACAAAAACUUUGGAAGUGGAUUCAGCCGAAGAUAUGCAACGAACAGAUUGGAGUCACUUUACCCGCACCCGAAGCACCGGUCCCUUGUGAUCCCUGUCCACUGGGAACCACACUAUCGGAACGGAUGCAAUGCAUACCUUGUCCAGGUAGUAGUGGUGAGAAAACUAAUUCACCUACUUGUCUAUCAUGCGAUUCCGAACACGUGCCGGCAUUCGGAUUGAUCUAUUCAAAUUGGUCGUAUUUUCCGCCGUUUCUUGAUACUCAGUGCCGCAAAGCUUUCGAUUCCACAUGCGAACCAUGGUCUCUGGACUCGGAUUUUAUCGGUACCGGGAUCGGUUUAGAUACGGAUUCCGUGUCCACCUUGACACUCCGCUUGCCACGCGGGUUCGUUCUGUCCGAGGAGUCAUUUGUUUGGGAUCCGUGGUCUCAGGUCACAUUCAUUCCACCGAUCCCGAACACCUAUCUGUCCGUGGAGUUUGAAGUUCACUGUCAGUUCGGUUGCGAGUUCCAACUCAGACAGGCAAGUGUCUAA